GAAUCAUCCUAACCCAAACGAGAAUCACUACAUGGACAUUGAAGUUCUCUCCUCAUCUAUGAGCAUACCUAUUUUGAAUAAAGCCUUAUAGACGUUUACAUUAUAUUUUCUCUUCCACCCUUGAACAAAACUUUAAAGAUGCAGAAGUCUAUUGGAGUAGUUUGCAUAUCACUCAUUUUCUGCGCAGCUCUGUCAGAAACAAUUGGAUUAGUGAUUGCGGCUAAAGAGAAGCGAGGAUGGACACUGAACAGUGCUGGCUACCUUUUGGGUCCUCGUCGUAUUGAUCACCUAAUACAGAUAAAGGAUAAUCCCAGCGUAAGGGGGAGAGAAGAACUGCUAAGUCAAUAUGGCAUCGACGGUCACCGGACGCUCAGUGACAAGCAUGGCCUUGCUGGUAAGAGAGACAUGCCCCGGGACUAUGACUUCAAAUCAGGUUCCUUGAGAAUAACAGAUGAGGAUGUAUUACACAAUGUCAUUGACUUCUUAUCAUACAUGCAACUUAAAGAAAUCGGAGCUCUGGAUACCCUGCCUUCCUUGCUCACAUCAGAAGAGAUGAGUCAGCCCUAGUUCAACUUCAACAUUCAUUGAUCUAUUCUCAACUCUUCAAAAGCCUGCAAAGUACAUUGUCUGUGCAUAUCCCAUUAUACUGGAUACUGGUGUCAUGAUUUACAACAAUCUCCUAUACAGAGUAAACAUGUUCCUAUUAUAAUUUGAAAGAAAUGUAUUGAAUAAAACUUUUUGAAUGGCAAUACUUUUUUGUUCCUAU